AGUGGUGGUAUGUCAUCCUCAUCUCCUUCCCCUUCCAUUUUUACGUCCCUGAGUGCUCCCCUAGGAUCAUAUUUGUUGCGUGUGCCGUCCAGCCGCAGUCACGCUAACGCCGUAUCGCGUGCGUGCCAAGCCCGGAUCUGAGCGUUUCCACAUCUCAGUCAGUUGGCCCUAUGAAUUGGGUUUGCGACAAAGUUUUGGGUCUUUAGUGCAUUGCCACAAAAUAUAUUUUGUUAAUUCGUGUAACCAACAGUUGUCCUUUCGUCAGACUCGUUGGCCGUGAACGGCCAUUCGAUUAGGGUCUGGUCCAAGGGAUAAAUUGAGGAUAUCGGACUCUCGUCGAAGCAUAGGCCUCGAGCAGAGGACGAGACUUGGCUCUUGUCAAAAAAUCAAAACAAUAAAGAUGGCGGAUCCGAGUAACGAAGCUGCAUCAUCCAGCGGUGUUUCCGAACUAGUGGGUGUCACCGCCCCAAUUCGUGACGAGCCAGAGAAAAUAGAAGACUUUCUCGAACCUGACAAAAAGCGUAGAAAAUUAUUGAAAAGUGAUGGAAAAACUGAACAAAAGUUGGAGCAUCGCCUGGGCGGCAUCCUCUGCUGCGCCGUCUGUCUCGAUCUGCCCAGGGCAGCCGUUUAUCAGUGCACUAAUGGACACUUGAUGUGCGCCGGAUGCUUCACUCACGUAUUGGCCGAUGCUAGGCUCCGCGACGAACUCGCCACUUGUCCGAAUUGUCGGAUAGAAAUCAGCAAAACAUCAGCAUCGAGAAAUCUUGCUGUUGAAAAAGCUGUUUCCGAACUACCGGCCGAAUGUCAAUACUGCGCUAAAGAAUUUCCAAGAAAUUCUUUGGAACGUCACGAAGACACGAUGUGCGAGGAAAGGAUAUCGAGCUGCAAAUACAGCCGCAUCGGGUGUCCUUGGAGGGGACCAAGCCACGAAGGAGCGGAGCAUGAGACGCACUGCGUUCAUCCCCAUCGCACCGGGGCUGAUGUGAUGGAAGCCCUUCGAGAUAUUGAUGCCAGAACACUCGAGGAGCGUCGUCUUUACGACAGUGUUUUCGACCUCUUGUCAUAUGAAAAAAUUACAUUCCAGGAUCUCCAAAUGAAGCCGUACCGCACCGACGAAUUUGUUCAUAAAUUGUUUUACGAAACUUCGAGAUUUACCGCAUUCAAUAAUCAGUGGGUCGUCAAGGCUCGCAUCAACAACAGCCAACGGGAUCCAACCCAGAGUUCCGAACGCGACAUGACUUAUCAACUGAUUCUGAAGACUAAAACCACGUAUCCUUUGCCUCUGCAUUAUCUGAUACUGAAAGGACCCUUCGGAGAUAUGAAAGUUCAACCAAGAAUCCACAGAUUCGACUUCACCGAACAGGAAAAUGAGAGUCCGUACCUACCUCUUCCCUUACCCGAUACAGCGGAGUGCAACAGACUCUUAGCUGCAAAGGCUAUCAACUUUCGGUACGUUCACAUUCCACGACUGAUCAUGUUUCUGGCAUCGAAGUAGAGGUCAUGAUUACUCGGAAAUAUUGAUCUGCUACUUGGCGGUGGGAUGGAAACUUGAAAAAUUCUCACUAGGGCAACUGAAACCACGUAACAUAGUACAUAUAACAUAAGUAAAUUACGUACAUUUACAUAUUACUAGAGUUAUUAUACGUAUAAAUUUUUGAUUUAUGUUUUUUUCGCUGAUUGUUCAUCCUGUAGAUCUUUAAGUAAGAGAAAAAAGAUAUAUACUUAAUGAGCUAUAUCAUGAUACAUGAAGAUAUAGAUAUAGAUAUACGCGAAUAUAUAUGUAUAUGUAUAUAUCUUUAUAUGUAUAGACGUAUAUUUGAAUAUUUAUCGAAAGUAAGUCUCGAUUUUUUUUACUCUUACACUUCAAAAAUUUUAUUUAACUUUCGAUGAUAGAUUUUUUACCUACUUUCCUAAUUCUUCAAAUAUAUAAGCAUCUUCUGUGAAAUGACCGAUCAGGCUUUACUUCAGGAGACCAUUGAAUAAGGCACGAUUUAGGUAACUAACUGCAGCUUAUGUAAUAGAAUCGUGAUUAAAAAUCUAUACUAUCUAAUGCAUUAGAUUCUAAGAAACUGAAUUCAGUAUGUGAACAUGAUAUAUGUGUAGAUUUAAAUAAAUUCUCUAUCAAACCUA